AUGUUAACCUCUCUAUGGGGAUAUGAUGAAGAGAUUAAUGAGUCAGAAGGAGAAUUCAUAAAAGUACAAUUACUCAAUCAUUUGAAGUUGGUGAGGGUGAAUGCUUUUCACACUGCCGUUCUUGAUAUCAUCAUCACUAUCAACAUGGCCUUGCCUGGUAAGCAUUACGAUGUACCAUCAAACAACGAAAUUGAGGACUUUUUUAAACAAUGGAAUGAAUCCAAUGAAGAAAAUAAGAAUAAAAUUUUCAGUGACUUCAUGUUGAAGAAUGUCAAUCUUAGCAAAGUAGAUGAUGCUAUGAUGAUUACUGGAAUAGUGACACCUCCAGCAGCUAUGAUAGCUAAGAGAACAGGACAAUCUGUGCCUCAGCUAAGUGCUAUGAAAGCCAUUCUUGAUGUUAUCUUUGUACCAACAGCUACAAUUUUGGCUCUCAUUGCUGUUAAGGUCACCAAAAGAAUGUCAUUCAAGAAUUUGCAUCCUACUUAGUUUUCCCUCUUAAUGUAUGAGAACCAAUAUAAUCUCCAAUUGCUUGUGAUUAAUUGUGCAAUAUU